CAGACCGAAAGAGAUGACAGUCAAUCGCAGGGCAACAUGAACACACACAUUCACACCUAGGAACAGUUUCUCAUAGUCAGUUCAUCUACCUGCAUCAUUUUGUCAGGAGGAAAGAGGAAACCUGAGGACCAUGAGGAGCUGUACACUAGAGGAAAAGAUGGACGGAUUCAUUCACACCGAGUCGAAACCACUUUCUACACUGUCUGUAUUCAGCUUUAUACCGCCAAGACGCAAUGAACCGAAAGAGAGAAGCUAUUUCAACUCGAACCCUAAGGCACCAGAGAAGCAUUUGUACGACUGUGUAUAUCAGCGAGCUGAGGGAUAUGAUAUGAAGUUACACCGUGAUGACCGAGAGCAUGCCAAGGGCAGAGGACUGACCAUCCACACAGAGGAAUGCUCCAGACCCGUAGCCGUGCUCUCCUCCUCCGAAUAUGGCCGGCGACCGCCACCACCGCAGUACAAGCCGAGCCGUCAUUUUCCCCGUGUUGCUCACAUACGCACAGAGUUUUACAGGAAAAACGGCAUUAGCAAAUCGGCAGAGGAGGGCUACGGCUCUGUCUAUCCGGUUUGAGCAAAAAACCCCAAAGAGCAGAUGUUAAUAGCAAGGCUGAAUGUUUUUAUUGUGAUGAUUACUGCAGCUGAUAUAAAUACAAAUAUUGCUCUUCA